AUGGACCACAAACCCAUCCCAACGGGAUCUUUCCCUAUACCCCUCCCCAAAGCCCUCUACCUCAUCGGCGCCCUAGUAUACCUUCAACUGCUCUACUUAGUCUCCCACAUCGCGCGACCACUAUCAAACUCACGCCGUGAAUUCCCUCCCUUCGGACAGCAUAUCGACCGUGUUGAAGCAGCAAUAAUCAAUUCCAUCAUCGGCGCCAUUCCACUGUCAACCUACAGCUCCGCCACAGCAACAGGGCAACAGUCGCGCUUCUCCCGAAGAAACGGGUUGCUGGACGAAACGGACGGCCGCAAUUCAACAAGCCUUCAUCCUUCCUGGCUACAAGCUAUGCCGCCUAAUAAUUACAGGUUCUCUAUCCACGGGCCCAAUCAUCCACCUCCACCUCCCCAGACCCAUCCACGACCUGGCUCCUCAGUCUACGACACCGUACGCAAAAUCGGCUCCAGCACCCGUGGCAGCAUCUCCUCAAUCACCAGCUCGGCAAUGGAACGCAUCUUCCGCCGCCCAUUCCCAAGUGCGGGAUCACAGCCGAUAUCUGGUGUCGCGCUAAACCGGAAUCUGGAUGGCCCGCCCACUGACGUCGAAGAGCAGAUGCUCCGAGAAGAUACGGCCCAGCCUGUGCAAGCCUUGAAUCUAUUCAUGGGUCUGAACGAGGAUCUGCCUUUCCCUGUAUCUGCAUCUGUGCCUGCUCGCAUCGCUGAUCAUUUCAGCGAUCCUGGUCCGGCGGUGGGCAUGGGCUUCAGUGGGCGGUGGAAGGGGAGGGGAAGGGCUCUGCAGCCUGGUUCUGGUAUCCUUCCUGUUCCAUUUGGUCAGAUCAAUGAUGAGGAUUUGGAGACUGUACAGAUGAACCGCUCGCCCAAGUAUCAAUCUAUUGAGAGUUAUCCUGGGAAGUUUCCUGUCAGUGAUCAUUUGGAGUACAGUUCGCUUGCUACUGCUUAUGCUGUUCGUGGCCGUGGGACCACUUCUGUUCGGCCUUUUUCUGAUUAUUAG